GCCGAUGACACCCAACUCUAUCUGUUGAUGGAUGGCCAUCCUGACUCGGCCCCAGACACACUGACCAGAUGUCUGGAAGCUGUGGCUGGAUGGUUACAUGGGAGCCGGUUGAAGUUAAAUCCUUCGAAGACAGAGGUCCUCUGGCUGGGACGGGGCGAUAUGGGAUUGAGGGGGGCAACUCCCAUCUCUUGCGGGGGUGCAAUUAGUGCCAGCAUCGUCCGUUAAGAGUUUGGGUGUAAUCUUCGAUACCUCCCUCUCUAUGGAGGCGCAGAUUACAGCUAUAACAAAGGCGGCAUUUUUUCAUCUCCGCCAAGCUAAGCAGUUGGCUCCUUAUCUCUCUCGCCCUGACCUAGCCACUGUGAUCCACGUGACGGUCACCUCCAGACUGGAUUAUUGUAACUCGCUCUACGUGGGGCUGCCCUUGAGACUGACCCAGAAACUCCAGCGGGUGCAGAAUGCCGCGGCGAGACUCCUUAUGGGGUCUUCGCUGCGAGAUCAUAUUCAUCCGGUACUAUACCAGCUGCACUGGCUCCCGGUGGAGUACAGGAUCAGGUUUAAGGUGCUGGUUUUAACCUUUAAAGCCCUAUACGGCCUAGGACCCUCGUACCUACAGGACCGCCUCUCCUGGUAUGUCCCACAGAGAAAUUUACGGUCUGCAAAUAAAAACAUCCUGAAGAUCCCAGGCCACAGAGAGGUUAGGCUGGCCUCAACUAGAGCCAGGGCUUUCUCGGCUGCGGCUCCAGUCUGGUGGAACGCUCUGUCACAAGAGACUAGGGCCCUGUGGGACCUGACAUCUUUCCGCAGGGCCUGCAAGACAGAGCUGUUCCACCAGGCCUUUGGUCAGGGCGCAGCCUGACCCCCUCCUCUGGCAAUCUGCACAGAAUUUUGCUUAAUGGUUGCCAUCAAUUUGAUUUUAAUUAAUUUUAUAAUGAAUGUUUUUAGAAUGUUGGAUUAUUUUGAUUGUUGUUAGCCGCCCUGAGCCCAGCUUCGGCUGGGGAGGGCAGGAUAUAAAUAAAAUUUAUUAUUAUUAAUUUAUUAUCCUGAAGCAAAGUUCUUAACCUGAAGCACUAUUUCUGGGUUAGUGGAGUCUGUAACCUGAAGCGUAUGUAACUCAAGGUACCACUGUAUUUCCCAAUCAGUGUUAGGAAUUGUUGCCACAGGGUUUUAAAAAAUAUAUUCCAAGCAACAAUGUGUACUUAAUCCCUGGCAAUAAUACUUUAUUAGACCCCUUUUCUGUACCCCACUUUUAGUCCUGCUAGAUUACACAUGCUUUUCUACAUUGCUGUGCAUACAUAACUCAUUGAGAAGUGAAAGCAAUUCUCAGAAUUGUGAUGUGUUGCCACAGUGUGUUUGUGGGUGCUAUUUCUCCCUAUGAGCCUUACUCCAGUUUGCUAUAUAGUAACUGAGGGUAGAUGACAACAAGGCAAUUGUGUUGCUGUGAUCUGGCUACUUUUGCUUCUUUUGGUCUCUUGUUUUAACUAGUUGUCACUUAAUGAAUGAAAGGCUCCUAAACUGGAAGCUACAAUUUCUAAACAAGCUUUGAGCUAUGGCAAUUUGCUUGUUUAUUUUUUGUUUCAUAAAAUUUAUAUACCAUUUGAUUCUUUCUUGGUCUUGUUGUGGACACAAUGGGAAAUAUUUUUAUUCCACUAGGUAUUUGGGAAGGGAAUUUUUUUAUAAUUGUUUUAUAAUUGUAUAUGUAUUUAAAAUACAUGUUUUAUGUAAUCCACUUGGGAACAUUUGUGUUGAAAGGCAAUACAAUAAACAAUAAACAGAGCCAUGCAGUUUGUGAGCAGUGCAUUCGAUACUUGAAGUAAACUCUGAGCUGGUUUGGACACCAUGAUAAUCAUGGUUCAUCAUGACAUGUCCUAAACCAUGGUUGUUGUGGUGGGAAGUACCCACAGCAAGUGUCAAGCUUGUGUACUCCCUUAGCCUUUUCUUGCAGCAUGGCUGCAAAGAGGAGAGCAGAUGCAUUGUAGCUGUUUUUAGACUGUAUCAGACAAUAAGUGGUUGAUUUUAACCCUGGCUUAUUUGAAACAAGCCAUCUUCAAAACAUAGUUCAUGAAGCCAGCUUAUUUCAACAAACCAUAGUUAAGAUUAACGGUUUGGGGUUUGGAUGACACACUAAACAGCAGCUGAUAUGAAGCAGAAACUUUGGAUAUCAGUCACAAAUAGGAGAGGGAGAAAGGAAGUGUGCAAGUCUGAGCUUUGUUCCUGUCACAAUACACUAUUGUUCCUUCCUGUCACAAUAAACUGACCACAGGCCACAGUCAGCAGCUUUGUAGGUCGCAAGGGCCACUAUUGGCUUCUUAUAUAAUUUAAUCCCACAUGUCACUUAAUCACUUAAUUAAAUACAGUCCCAUCCUCUAACCUUUUAAAAUGGCAAUGCAGAGGUGCAGCAGAACUUUAGCCAGCAGUUUGCAAGUUGCCUUUAUGGCACAAGGAACAAAAUGUUCCAUCUUCAGAGUACCUGGUUCGAAUCGAGCCUCCUGCAUCCUUCCAGAAACUUAGAAUGGUAUUCUGCUUUAAAAUCAUCAAACUUUUCCAACAAAUAAGGCGUUUCAUUUCUUAUAAAUGUCACCUGAUGGGUCACUCUUACUUUAAUAUUAAUUUUGCUGGCAAACCUAUGACAGAGUCCAUCUCUCUUGCACAUACUUCUGUAAAUGCAUAGGGGCAGGAUGGUUAAACAUCCCUGUUUGAAUUUCUGUGAGAUUUCCCAGGGAAUGGCUUGUCUCUCCACCUUAAGGCCCACUUUGUGGGAGAGGAUGGGUUCCUCAUGAAUUCUUUCAAUUUAAAUGGGAGAGGGAGAGCAUCAUAAGUUCUAAUUUAGGUCAGUUAGCACAAAACCCAUCACUUUGAUUGGUUUAAGAGAUGCGCUUUCUACAGGGAUUUUGCCAUUUUAUUCUGCGGUGAAGACACUAGGUUUUCCAGCUGGCAUCUAUUCACUCUGGAACACUGGUAGCUCACUGGCAUUCAUCCACAUAGCUGUAACUUUUUGAAUACAGCAAAUUCUUUAUUGUGAUUCACAGAGAGCAGCUCUCUGGUUGCCUUUUAAUCUCAGCCUCGUCAUGGAGAUUAGUUGAUUUGAGCAGUGCCAACUCACUAAGUAUAGCUGCUCCACUCAACUCAGAAGUUAUUUGUGAAAUCGAUGCAUGCAGCAUUCUUUAUUUGGCUCCCCCUCCCUUAAAAAAAGUAGUAGUAGUACUGUUUUAGUCAGUGUUGGGAUUUUAGUGGCUGUGCCACUUAGUAUUGUUACAGAUCUGGGGUAACAGAAUUUGCGGGUGCAAGGGCAGCCAGUAGCUGCUAGAGCUAGAGAAUGUUAAGGGGUUGAAUUUAGCUGAUUUUUGGAGUAUUGAAGGGAAGAUGCUAGGCCAGUAGAGAAAUACAGGCCAAGCUCCCUUUCCAGGAGAGGGUCUCAUCUGGGAUAGCAUGACAAAAAGUGUUGAUGGCCCAUCACAUGAGAAUUCUGGGGUCUGUGCCAAUGGAGGUUGCCAAGUUUACACCGACCGAUGACGGUAGGUUACAGGAAAAUUUAUAUUUAUUACUAUUUCGGUCACAGACCACUUCUAGCCCACAUACAAUAUCAAGGAAGUCAUAAAACACGAUAGGGAUACAUUUGAAUUUUCAAUUAGGUAUAACAGGGAGAAUACAGAUAUAGCAACUGUUAAAAAUAUAUAUAAAUUAAAACUUAGUCACUAAAAUAUAGCCUAAAAUUAUUAGUUAAGGCCUUAAUCAUUAUGAUAGCACAGCUUGUUCCCUAAGUUUUAUGGCAAUCGCACAGAAUUUGGCUACCCUUAAUGUGAUCUCAGGAUCCUUGUCCUCUACCAGGGAUUUUAGACAUUGAAGUUCGGAUUCAUUUGGAGAUUUUUGCAUAGCAGGGGUAAUAAAUACCAAGCGUAUAUCCCCAUAGAAACGGCAGCGUAACAAGGCAUGAGAGACAGUUUCUACCUCCAUCAAGCCGCAGGGGCAGACUAGUUUCAUGUAUGGUUUACCCUUGAAUUUGCCCUGCAAUAAGGCAGAUGGCAGCACGUUGAAUCUAGUGAGGGUAAAUGACGGUUACAGGAAAAUUAUCCCCAUUUAAAAACUAGGCUUGGAAUAGUGGGGAGAAGGAGGGGCAAGGACAGAAGAGGAGGAGCUGCUUGGCAAGGGGGUUUCUGGGAGGCAGGAAGUGGGGAAAGCUCCAUGCAGGGGGUGGAAGGGCAGACACCAUGAGGGUUGGCUGGAGACAAACUAGGGCAGAGGCACUUAGAAAACCUCUGAAUGCAAUGCUGGGCUGCUGUGAAGGAGAUACGAAUACUGUGAACUUUGCACUCCCUCCAUCUGCACCCAGUUUGUAAAUAUGUUUUCAUAAACCAUAUUUCUUAAGGAUAUGACAGUCUCUGCCAUGUCUUGAUUCCCAAUGGAAACACAACCCUGGGUAAAUGCCUGGAACCCCCUGGAAUCUUGCUACCGGUUAGCAGAGAUUGUGGGUGGCAUGCAACCUUAGUAACAAUAUUAUCCUGCAUGUCAGUAGGUACGAUUUAUAUCUAUUUUGAAUUUAGGCACCUGUCCCUUUCUAUUGGCUAUAAUCAGACAUUUCUCUGCAUCAUAUGGGGAAAUGAUUUUAUAUGGUACAAAUCAUUGCAUUGUAUUUCCUCACUGUAGCAAUUUUGCUGUGUAGUUUCCAUGCUUCCUCCCCUGCCCCAUAGUGAAACUGUUAUAAUCGGGGGAAAGUUCAAACAUAGCUCAAACUCAUACAUAACUCAGUUUGCCCUCAUCAACAGUGAAGUUGAUGAUUGGCAGCUCAAAGUAUCAGCUGUUUCACUGAAAAGCACUGUUUUUUGAGGUGCUUGGAAACUUCUGUGAAUGGGACUAUAACUGUGGGUUGUUUUGAGACAAUUCCUGACCAGAGUCAAGAUCUUGACACAGGAGCAUUAAUAUCCUGGAAUAUUCUGGUCUGUCAGGUAGAAUAAUGUUGUGCAGACAUCAAGCUUGUCGGACCUGCUUGGUUUUUUUAGUAGAACCCCAAGACUUGCCAACCACAGUCUGGUAGAUACAGUGUGCCUCUGAGCACAUGCUGAAUCUAGGAAUUUGUUUUUAGGACCAGAACUCAACUGAGCUCAUGGUCCUUUCACACACACACACACACACACACACACACACACACGCACACACACUUCGUGAUGGCAAAAGUCUUUUUGUUGCUGCACUAAAACAACCAGGAGGCAGAAACCCUAGCUAAUCUAUUGCAAGCCACCCAAAUAAUCUACUUGUAGUGCCAAAAACUUAUCUGAACUUUGUGAUGCACUUCUCCAACCAACCAGUGUUUACAUAAGUGCAUAUAUUAGGGGAAAGUGUGCAUAAAAAUGAAUGUAUUAUUGCACGUUUUCAAAACAGUUUAAAAACCCAGUUUAUUAGGAGAAAUCUGCACUAAAAUGCUGAUAAAUGUUCAUGAGGUGAUUGCAAAUUGCUGCACAAAUUUGGAGAGAUAGAUUUUAGAUUGGGGGAAAAAGAAAUGGAGAGAACAGAGAUUGACAGAUCCUUCUAUCUCUAGUUAGGAACAAUAUUCUCUAUACUUUGAUCUGGCUCUGAAUUAAAAUACCAGAUUUGGUCUAGGUACUUUGCUUAUAAAUGUGAAAGUUCAUAAAAGUUGUUGAAAAUUGCACAGAGGAAACCUCACUGCUUUGGUAAUUUAGAGGCAGAUGCACAGACAUUACUGUUGUAGUAGGUUUCCAUAAUGGACCUGCUUGAAGUGUGACAUGUGGAGAGGUUCUGAGAUGACUCUGGUGGGGAAGCUUGUCUGAUCAGAUUUAAAACAACUGCUUAAACAGAAAGGAGUCACAAAAUGCUUUCUAUUUUGGGAGAAAACAUGCAACUAAUUUCUUAAGAUGUAGCAUUAAUAUU